AUGAAAAAGCAUAUGGUGUUUUUUCAAGCUGUCAUCAAGCACCAAACCGCCGAACAAUUUGCCUUCUACUUCAAGGCGUUGUUUAAGAAGUAUGCAAUUGUAUCAAAGUUUUUUCUUGGUAUACUUUUAGAUUUCUCUAAAGCUGAGCAACGAGGUUUUCAACAAGCCUGCGAAGAGCAUUUCAAUAUGGACGAUAAAUCAUCUUUGUCAUUGAUUAAAGGAUGUUAUUUUCAUUGGAUGCAAUCUGUCCAAAGAAUUAUCAAAAUCCAGAGAAUUGUUCCUGCCGGUAAAUCUAAAGAAUUUAUUUCUCUUGCUAACAUGUUGCAAAAAACGACCAGGGAAGAAGUCUUCAUUGAAACAGGAAGGAGUCUUUUGAAGACGUUUCCAGAUUGCCGUAGUUGGUUGCAAUGGUGGUUGGAUGACCAUGUUCGACCUACCAUUUUUAAUUACGAUUCGAUAAUGAAGCAGGAAUUGCAAGAGCAUGAAUCCAGAACUACGAACGGAAUUGAAUCUUUUGACAGAAACUUGCACCGUUUUGUGGAGCCUGGACUUUCAUUGGGAAAUGCCCUCCGUCAGAUUAUGGAAGUUGCGCAGGUUUAUGGAAACGAAUUGGCCAACUACUAUGAAAAUGAAAUCAGUCCUGUUUACGGGUCUAAAAAAAGAAAGACUCAUAGUAAAAGACUUAUAAAAACUUUGUACGAAGCAUCUGAUAGUAGACCACCAGAUAACAUUAAUGCCAUCUACGGUGAUAAAUCCAGCAGAAAUAUUAAGAAGAGAAGUUUGGACAGUGCUGUUGAAGAAAGCACCAACUUUUACGAGAUUUUUGGUGUAGAUAAAGAUGCAAACAAUCACCGUAUUGAAGAGAAAAACAAGAUGGAAGAUGGUAUCACGGCUUUCUUUUCGACAUAUGACGAUGAUCUUCCAUAUGAAUUGAAUGAUCGUCAACAUAACGGCGACUACGAAGUCACAUCCGAUGGAGAUUACAACUUUACUGGACAACUAAAUGUGGAUUUAAAAAACGGAAUGUUUGGAGGUUUCGUUGUUCGUGACGCUGCUGAAGAAAUUAUGGGAUAUGCAUCUGAUUAUUGCAGUACCCCAUUAUCCGACGAAAAUAUCAAAAAAGACGAUGAUAGCAGCUCUGUGUGUUCGAUGAACUCAUUAAACAUUCGACGUACUUUAGAAGGUUUUGUUGAUGAAGGCUGGCUUGAUGUUGAAGAAGUCAAGUUCUGUAAGUUUACUGCCUCUCCCGAUCUUGAUGACAACAAGUCUGUAUCUUCAGUUAGAUCGUUGGAUUUUUAUAAAAUCUGGCAAGGUUACGUGGAUGACGGCUUGGUUGUUGAAGAGGAAACGGUUGCUGUGAAAACUAUCAGUAGAAGUAGUGACCCGGUCAAUGGCAUAAAACAAAAGGCAGUCCAGAAGAGGGCCUCUUCUUCUGUGACUAAGCCUUGUUUAGAGCCUGUAACCAAGCAAAAAAAUUUGAAUGUCAAAACCUACAAUGAAUUUGUCAAAAAAUUUAACCAUGAUGCAUCGAAAUUGCAAGCCGAUCCUAUUUCUUCCAGGAUUACUUUCUUUGAUCAUAUUUCUGCGAAUACAUCCGCCUCGUGUUUCAUUGAUGCUACGUUUGAAUUGCUGUGGAACAAUGUUUUUCCCUCCGUUAAUUUUACCAAGUUGGAAAAUAGCGAAAACAUAUAUGACAGCAUGUUCAUGAGCACUUACGACAAAUAUUGCGCUCACAAACAUGCCAGAACUAUGGAAGAAAAGGUUGCUCUCACCAAUGAGGCAUCCGCCAUAGCAAGAGAUUUUGUUUGGUCUUUGGAGAAGUUAGACGGAUCGAUGCAGUAUCCUAAAGGUAAAUACGGUGAUUGCCUAGAGGUCCUUAACUUCAUCAUGGGUAAAUGCUCAGAGAGGUUCCAGGCAGCCAUCUCAAAUUUCCCUGGAUGCUCAACAGUUAGAUCACACCUUUGUUCUGUUAAUGCUGAACAUAGUUUCGUUGAACCUAACUCAGAAACUCAACCAGUAAUCGAAGUGGGACUUGAAAUGAGAACGGCAUUUUCCGCUGAACGUACGUUUGCUUCGCAUCAAAGUCUUGACAACGAGUUCAGCGCUGUGUUCAAAUAUGAACACAUUGUCAGAGAGAGAAAGCAUGCUUGUAGAUUCGAAGGGUGUACAGGCACAGUCACUUCCCAGAAUACUGUAAGCUUACAAGACUUCCCGCCCUUCCUAUUCUUGGGAAAUGCAAGAGGAGCUGGUAUCGCAUUGGAAACGACUUACUUUCCAAGUAUCUUACAAACAUCCGAAAAACUGAAUUAA